AUGGCAAAAGUAACAGCAGUUGAAGAAGAUGGUUCACAGUUAUUCAAUGAUAGACGAGAAAAUAAAUUUGAUGAAUAUCUUGUAUUAAUUAUUGGUAUAGAUGAUGAUGAUGAUUUAUUUGAAAACUUGCCACGUUUCAUUAGCAAGGAUCUUGUACGAUCAUUUAAAGAUAUUAAAACAAUCUGUGAACUGAUCAAUUCUACGAAUAUAUUUUUAAUUAUUUCCGAUAAAUUAAAUCAAGAACAAGUUGAUGAAUUUGUUAACAAACAACGGAUAAUUAGUUUUUAUAUUUAUUGCAAAUCAAACGAUAAACAUACAGAUUGGACAAAAAGAAAUAAAACUACCGAGAGAAUUGUUUCAAAUUCAAUAGAAUUAUUAAAACAGCUUCAUCAUGAUAUUAAUACAUUGAGUCAUCGAUGGUCUCUUACAGAAAGAUCUUUUCAAAAAGCUUUGACAGAUGAAUCUCAAUGGUAUCAUUUAUUUCUUACAAUUAUUUGUUAUCGUUCUAAAUAUUCAGAAGAAUAUUAUAAAAAAAUGUUCGAUGAAUGUCGUCUUUAUUAUUCAAAUAAUAAUAAUCAUAUGAUAGACGUAAUCAAUAAAUUUCAAGAGAGAUAUGAAAGUUGUAAUCUUAUUCGUGAAUAUACAUGCGAUCAUUUUCUCUAUCGUAUUAUUAAUCAUGCAUUACGUACACAAGAUAUGGAAACAAUUAAAAAAUUUGGUCCUUUUAUCAAUGAUUUAAUUUCUCAAUUAGUUAAAUAUUAUCAACAAUAUUUUACUUCAAUUGAUUUUCCUGUUCGAGCUGUAUAUCGAGGACAAUAUUUAAGUCAAGAUGAAUUAGGAUUUCUUCGUUUUGUUUGGAAAUCUAAUAAUCCUAUUAUUACAUUAACAACAUUUGGCUCAACAUCACUUGAUCCUCAAGUAGCCAUGGAUUUUUCUGGUUGCCCUUCGAAUAAUAUGAUUAAUUGUCUGUUUGAAAUUAUUCUUACGGAUGAAUAUAAUGAUAAACAAAACGAGAUAAAAUCGAUUGAUUCAUAUGAAUUGUUUGGAAAUAUAUCUUGUGAUUCUGCUAUGGAAAGUGAGCAAGAAAUACUUUUCUCUCCAGGAAGACAUUUUCGUAUUCGAUCAAUUGAAGAUCCAAUUUACGAUUCUGACCGUCAAUGGACUCCUAUUAUACUUGAAAUCGUCAUCGAAGCAGAUAGCAAGAGCCACUAUAAUUAUUUGAAUAUUGUUAAACAAAUUAAUAAAAACCCGGAUCCACAAAUUUAUGAUGAUAUUCUAAAAAUGUUACAAAUCAAUGCUGAAAAUGAAACUAGAUUUCAACAAACGAAUUGGGAUGAGUGGUGGCAGGCUUUAAAACGUCAAUGGGGCAAACAUUACCUAAAUGGUGAUCCUCAACCAUUACAUUUAACAUUCUAUAAUUGUUUUUCUAACGAUUUAUAUUGGUCACGAAAAGCAAUUGAAAUAUAUAAAACUGAACUUCUGUCUGUUUCUAAAAUUCAAUCAAAUCGUUCAUCAUUUUCUUAUUUAUUUCAAAGUUAUAGAUCAUGGGACGAAUUACCCACACUAUGGUUAGCUUUAUAUGAAGAUUAUUUAAAACCAUUUUGUCAAAAUAUAGAAAGCGAAGAAGUGAUCAAAUGUCUUCGUUUUGCUGGAGGACUUUAUCAAAGAAUUGCAGAUUAUCCAAACGCAUUAGAAUGUUAUGAAAAAGCAUUUCAAAUAAAUAUUAACAAUAAGUAUCAAAAGAAUAACGAAAUACAAAAACAAAUUACAACUGUAAAAAAAGAUAUUCAACGUAAAUCAAAAAUAAAACAUUCAAAAAAACAAAUAUCUACAAUUGAUCCAAUAGAACAACAAGAUCAAUGGGUUAUUAGUAGAAUAAUCAAACAGUGGACUCCUGAGAAAACUUCGAUAUUGUCUGUUCUCGGACGACUUUUCAAAUAUAUGAAAGAACGUGAGAAAUGGUUUGAUUUGUUUUAUGCAAAGAUCAUCUUUUCUUUUCCGCUUGAAGUUACAGAAGAUUUAUCAAUUCAUGAUUAUUAUUUGAAUUUUUUUCUUGCUUUACAAAGACAUUUAUUGAAUAAGUCACCUUGUUCAGCAAAUAAUUAUAUCCUUUCACUUUGGCGAUAUGAGAAAUGUUAUUCUGAAUUUAUUCAAUUUCAAUCAUUAAAAAUAUUUUUACAACCAUUUGAAAUAAAAUUGAAUUAUCUUCGUUUUACAUUUCUUCCACAAUUAAAACGAUUUCUUAAAAAACUCACUACAAUUCUUGUUAUGUGCUUCUUUUAUACACGUGUACAACUGAACUAUGGUGAAAUUAUCGUAAACAAUGUCCCACUAAUGAAUACAUUAGAAAACAUGAAAAUGAAACAAUCAAUUUUCUUUGAUCUUAGAAAUUCUAGUAUGCAAGUUUAUCUCGAAACGUUAGAAAAUGAAUGUUCACUCAAUGAUUACGCCCUAACCAUUAUUCCAAAUAAUAAAAGAUUCGAUGAAGAUGCAUUUACUACCUUCAUGGAAAGUAUUUCCUGA